AUGGACUCAAAGGGGGCACCCUAUAAGGAAACGGAGAAUCAUGGAUUACUUCAUCAAUCCAACAAUAUCAGCGAAACAGCAAGUGCAACAAAUCCGGCUUUAAAGACACCAGAAGAAUCGAAAGCAGAUUUAGCUCCCAUCAAAGUCGAAAUUGUUCUAAUGGACGAGAAAAACGAGCAAAAAGCCAGGCCACCUCACAAAAGAAGAUUAUCGCAAGAUUAUUUGUCACGAAAACAUUUCAUUGAACUCGCAGCCGAUAAAAUUGAACGUUUUCAACUACAGUUGUUGUUAUUGAAACAAAAGGAUCCUGCAGAGGAAGUAUAUCCAUCUUUGCGUCUAUCUAGUGAGCUAAGCAUGGAUGUGUAUACAACGGGUGAUGUGAUCGAGGAUAUGAACGAGGAGGAGGUAGAAUACCACAUCAGAAUUAAUCAAAUAAUCAAAACAACUUGGUCUGAACACGAUCCAAAAUCAAAGACACAUCAAGAGUGCGACAGCUUAUGCAGGGAGCGGAUAAAGGAGAGUGAUCGUUUAUACGACAAACGCAUAAUGGAGAGCCGCAAAACAGCAAUGAUACGAGAACUUGAACGAAUAACACUGAUGUGGGGAGAGAGGGCAGACGACGAACUCCAAUUUUUAUCCUUACCCCAAGAUUGUAUGGGUGUAGUUCUACCUGAUCAUUAUAUUGAGUAUUUGAUUGCAAAAAGAAAGAUUGAAAUUCGAUUGUUGAGACAAGAAUUAGAGAAGAGAGCGGAAAAUAAGUAG